AUGUCGUCGGCUCGGAACUCCGUCGCAUCGUUGUCGUCGAACGGCUCGGCGAAGGUCGAGACCCGUCUGACCAGUGGUCACAACUCCCGGCUUGGAAGCAUUCAGCAGGAAGGCGCUAUGCUUCCUUCUUCAUCUUCUAAAGAUGACGACCUUCUUUCAACGUCUUCCGAUGAGGUUGAGAACGCUGCCAUGCGGACGCUCCAACACAUGGAAGAGGUACAUCUAUCAGAUUAUCUGUUUGAACUCCCUACUCUGGUUUUUUCUUUCAAUAGAAUGGGACAUCUAAUUCAUAUUAAUUCAUUUUACUGACAACUCAUCUGCCAUUUUCCUGAAGAAACCCCUAAAAUUCGAAAAGUUCUUAAUUUCAAAGUCAAGUCCGAUAUGAACCUGCUCGUAAUUCCGAAAUUAAAUAACUCAAUUGUCAGACCAAGUCAAUCGUGGCAAAUAAAAGUGACGACGACUCAAUUUUUGAAGAAAAGAAAGAAAUUGAUGAAAAGCCCGAAAAAGGGAAAAAGGAUGAUGCCGACACAGGUUUGAGAUCAUUUGUGUGA